UAUGCAAUUUAGGAAGCUCCAAAAAAUCACUGAUAAGCUGCAGAAGAAGUACUUCGAAAACAACAUGUCUGCGCACAGAGACAGUGCACACGCUGUGGAAUUUAAAUAUAUAAAACAGUGUUACUAAGUUGACAAAACAAAGUAAAGGAUGUCUAACCCGGGGAAGGGAGCAUCGAAGAAGGAAAAGAAGAAGCCCCUACCAGUGAAAACCUCUUUGAAUAAUCCAUACACCCUUCACUGGAGCCCACUGGACAAAGAACACAAGCAUUUUAUUCUGAACACACUCAAAGACAAAAUAACUGCUGUCAAUCUUCAGAAGAAACGAGUGAAUACGUUUCGUGAUUGGGGAAACAGAAGGAAAUCAAAUAAAAAGGCAUCAACACCCACUGAAGAGCACAAGCCAGACCCUGAAGCCCCAUCAAAGCCAGCCGAACCGAGCUGGACCGACAAGGAGGCGAGGAAACAGCUUGCCAUUGGCAUCAAUGAGGUCACCAGGGGCUUGGAGAGGAAUGAGCUGAGUUUGGUACUUGUAUGUAACUCGGCCGUGCCCUCACACAUGACAAAUCAUUUAAUUCCGUUGAGUAAAACUAGAUCGGUUCCCGCCUGCCAGGUACCCCGGUUGAGCGAGAGCCUCUCGGGUCUUAUGGGUCUCAAGUGCGUGUUGGCGCUGGGGUUCAAACGCGACGCCCAGAAGUUCGCAGAUGUGGUCGGAUCCAUCACAGCCGUCGUGCCGCCGCUCAACGUGGCUUGGGUUACGACCGAUUUAACCCCCGAAGCGGUAGAAAUAAAAGGACAAGCCGAGGAGGAACAAACAGAGACAGCAAGGGGGCAAAAGAGAAAACUGGAAGAGAUAUUGGGUGAAGCCAGCGAGGCAUCUCCUCCAGUCCUUCAGCCUCUGAAAGUAAAGAAAAUCAUCCCUAAUCCCACGAAAAUUAGGAAACCAAAAAAGAAAGGAAAGCAAAAAUGAUCCAAGUGUCAGAGUUUAAGACAGCCAACUUGUUUAAUGUAUGCAGUGUUGUAGACAGGUGGCCAAGUUUUCUUUUUUAAUAGUUUACAGAGUAAAAAGACUCCAAUUAAAUUUAAA